AUGCAAGCACAAGCCUACAACCGCACCAAGAAUUUUCUUGAAAACGCCAGUUCGGCGACGGACCACGGCGCGAUCAACAGCGAACUCGACGCCGUCGCGGUAUCCGUCAACGAGCUGCGCACCAAUGCGGCGCUGCUGCAGAACGAUGACGGCUCACUAAAAAACGGCACGGUCAACACCAGCUCUCUGACCUCCGAGGCUCUCGCCGCGCUGCAGGUCCCAGGCCCGAACGGACCGACCGGACCCGCCGGGCCUACUGGCCCUCAAGGCGUCCCAGGCGUCAAGGGCGACACCGGCGCGUCCUUUGAUGCCGAUGUGCGCGACCUCUUUGCAAAUCGCGCUCUCUACAACCUGCAGCCCAAGGGCUACAGCUUUCUCGCGCUCGACACCGGGAACCUUUAUUUCAAGCUCUCGGCUACCUCCGGCGACUGGUCAACGGCAAAGACCUUUGGCAAGGGCGACAAGGGGGACAAGGGCGAUACCGGCAAUCAGGGCAUCCAAGGCAUUCAGGGCCUGCAAGGCAUUCAAGGCAUCCAGGGUGCGACGGGCGCCGCCGGAACUGAUGGCGACGACGGUGUAGUUGUGACCGUGGAUACCGCCACCAAGACGGCCAGCCUCAUAGGUCGAACGCAGGUUUCGGCCCGGCUGAUUCUGGUCGGCAGCCAGUUGAGCAUUGAACUGACCACCACAUAA